AUGGCGCAGACAAUGAACACAGAGGUCGCGAACAGCAACAAGGACCGGGCGAGGUACGAACAGCAGUUCUACAAGACCCGCCAGUGCGCCUUCUUCGCAAAAGGAAAAUGCACUCGUGGUGCGCAGUGCAAGUAUGCUCAUGGCCAAAAUGAGCUGCAGGAGAGGCCAGACCUUACCUUCACCUCGCUUUGCCGUGAAUAUGCAACCACUGGCAGCUGCACCAACCCCAAAUGUUCAUUUGCUCACAAUCCUGGGCAGCUUCGAGCAACGGGAAAAUUCUUCAAGACAUCGCUGUGCAAGUUCCACUUGCAGGGCCGAUGCCGCCUGGGAAAGGAGUGCCGCCAUGCGCAUGGUGAGGAUGAAUUGGCACCGGCCCCCAAAUCUGCUGGCGCACAGCAGGAGCCGGUAAGCCCAGUUUUCGCAGAGCCAACAGGUGCAGGACUCAAUCGCAACUUUGCGGCUUCUUUACUUCUCAACGCUGCAGCAGCAGGAAACACGUUCAGACCUCUGUACAGCCCACCUGCUGACUUUUUGCCUUGGGCUACGGACAUGAGGGCUUUCACCGGCUUUGAGCCAGCCACCAUCCCAAGCUUCGACGCCUUUGAGGAAUCUCCAUCAAGUGGACAUCUCUCUGCCCCCAUGUUCGAUGUUCCUCCCGGCCUGGGAUUGAAAGGAAUCCGAGAGUCGGCCAAGUUCUCCUCCCUCAAAUCGACCAAAUCCUUCUCUUCCUUUACCACUCGGACUGGACUUUCUAGUGCCAGCAGCUCUUCGAGCAUUGAG